AUGACCGACAGGCUUCAACCCCGCGUUGCGAAGUCUUGCGACAAUUGCAAGGCCAGGAAAACUCGCUGCAUACGCCCUUCAAGCAGCGCAGUCUGCACCCCUUGCCAGAAACGCAAAGUUGAGUGUCACUAUAGCCUGACACGCAGACAAUUGAGGCCAAAGAAGUCAGAAGACACCUUAAGUCCAGCAACUGUACCUCCAUCAAAUCACAAUGCGUCCUCAGCUGCAUCUGUGUCCACGGAUGCCUCGGCAUCUUAUGUUGAUCAAAUUCUCGUCGAUAAGAAUGCAGAUGGCAGGAAUCGCGAGGCAUGCUCCAUGUUCAAGGCUCGUGAAAACCAAGUCCUCAGUACUGGCAUGGCCUUCUUUUCGGAGAGCCACAUCCACUCCCUAACCAAUAUGCUUGGUCACGGCAGAUUGAGAGAUGUCCUCGAUGCUAUGGGGGAAGCUAUGUAUCAGCAUGCACAUGGUAUCAGCAUCGAUUUCAGCACUCCCGCAUCACCAAUCAAAAUCUCCCAUGAGGAGGCAGCUCAUUAUAUCAAAGUUUAUUUUGAUGACUUACAUCCCUUGACACCCUUUCUUGACCGAGCCGACUUUGAGCGGAGAAUCUCGGGGCCAGAAUUACCGGAGUUACUAGCAAAUAAUGCGCCGUUCUGUGCGCUAUAUCAUACUUUGCUGGCACUUGGAUGCCAGUAUAUGGAUGGUGGAUCUUUUGUUCCAGGCAAAGGGAAAGCAUGGAAUUACUUUCAGCUUGCAUUGAGCCUGUUCCCAAGAAUACUUGCUCCACCUCAAACUUUACUUCAUGUCCAAGCACUGGCAGCCAUGGCAGUCUUCACAAUGAGCUUCUCCUGUAUUCCAAUCGGCGAGACCUUGAUGUCCGAGGCCGCGAGAAUAGUUCAAUUGCAGGGAUAUAACGCCGCAUACGUUCAAACAGAGAAUGAAUCAUUGUGUCAUAGAGCUUUCUGGGUUAUAUAUUGGCUGGAAAAGGUCACUUCCUUUUUCCGAGGACGUGGUUCUAUGAUACCCGACUACGACAUAGGCUGUCCUGUUCCAGCAUGUUCCGAGACUGCCCCGGGACAGCUUGAUUGGCUAUUGACGACAGCGCGCCUGGGUCGCCUGAUGUCUCGCACUUACGAAUGUCUCUUUUCCGUGAGUGCAGUCCAGAUGCACACAGCUGCCCGCAUCGCGGCUGUAGACUCGAUGUCUCGCGAGCUAGAAGCUUGGAUUCAAACUCUCCCCGAACCCUAUCAGCCCGGAACCCCACUUCGCUUCUCAAAGGGCAAGAGCCCCUGCGCGCAAGAUAUGGCGCUGCAAAUACGGUUCAUAUACUAUGCUUUGGUUAUGUCUAUGUGCCGGCUUCGGAUCCAUCUUACAAGCGACCAAGCGAACGAGACAAAUCAAGAGACCAAGCGUCAACUGAUGGAGACCGCUCGAGCUGUUAUAUACCAUACGCGUUAUAUUGAGCAUGAGGCGCACGUUCCAGCCUGGCAACUAGGCAUCGUCCCUAUUUCCGCUCUUUUUGUUAUCUUUGACUUUGUCAUUCAUAACCCAUUCCACAAAGAGACGGCCACCAAUAUCUCGUUCUUGGACAUAGCAGCCGGUUAUUUCAGCCGUUGGGAAAUCAGUAACAGGGAUUCUCUACCAGCAUCAACUGCUGCUGAAUUUUCUCACAUUGCUCGUCAAUUUGUGCGGGAUGUACAAGCUAGGCUGCAGACCACAGACUCACGAAGGACUUCACGCCUCGAGGCAGAUAAUACAGUACCAAUGACAGGCGAGAAGAACGACUCCUCCGGAUUUGCUCUCGAUCCAAACCAGGUAACGAAUGAAGAAUCCUUCAUUCUCCCGGACAUCGAAGCUUUCUCAGCCACUGGACCAGACCAACUAUUUUAUCCUGAAGACCCGCUCCAAACAUUACUUGGAACGUACAUGCCACCUACGACCGACAUAUCUAACAUGUUCAACUCGACUUUGUGGAAUCCGUGA